GUUUUUGAGAAGAUGGAGCUGUGCAGCAGCCUGGCCGUCAGGCGCCUCGUGUUCUCGGGCUGGAGGCCGGGCCCGGCGCCGGGGGUGCGGCAGGAGGACGCGCGGCUCGGGCGGGUUCCCGUGCGGCUGUACCGGCCCCGCGGCGCCCCGCGAGCCGCUGUGCUGCUGUUCCACGGCGGGGGCUGGAUCUACUGCGGCCUCGAUUCCCAUGAAAGGAUCUGCCAGUACAUUGCCAAGGAGAGCGGCUCGCUGGUGCUGUCCGUGGGGUACCGUUUAGCCCCUGAACACAAAUACCCUGCUGCAUAUGAAGACUGUCUGAACGCCACCCUGCACUUCCUGCAGCACCUGGAGCACUACGGCGUGGAUCCUGCCCGGGUCACUGUCUGUGGGGACAGUGCUGGGGGCAACCUGGCAGCUGCUGUGAGCCAGACCCUGGCAGGCAGGUCAGACCUCCCCAGACUCCGUGCUCAGAUCCUCAUCUACCCAGGCCUUCAGGCACUGGACUUCAAUUUACCAUCCUACCAACAAAACCGGGGAGUCCCUCUGCUAUUCCGGGAACGUGCUGUUUACUAUUCUUUGCAGUACUUCCAAGGGGACACAUCAAAUCUGGAAGAAGUCUUGGAGGGCGCUCAUAUUCCUCCAGACAUGAGGCUGAAGUAUAGGAAGUGGGUGAGUCCAGACAACAUCCCCGAGAAAUUUAAGGUCAGAGGCUACGAACUGCAUAAGCCCUGUGAAUUCAAGCCUGAAGUAUUUGAGACAGUGAAGAGAUUCUGUGAGCCCACGCUGUGCCCACUGCUGGCUGAAGACACAGUUAUUCAGCAGCUGCCAGAAUCUUUCAUCCUGACCUGCGAGUACGACGUGCUGCGGGACGAUGGCUUGUUGUACAAGAAGAGGCUGGAGGACAACGGGGUUCCAGUGACCUGGUUCCACCUCGAGGAUGGAUUCCAUGGAAUCGUGAACCUGUUCGAUUAUUGUAGUUUGUCAUUUCCAUCUGGGAAAAGGGGACUGGACAGAGUUGUUGCAUUUAUAAAAGGCCUGUAAAAAGAAGUCUCCCUCGGUAUACUUCUCGGUAAGCUUCUCUCACUACUGUCUCUGCUUAGGCUCUCACACCUCAGGUAGUGCAGGUCAGCAAGAAUGUGACACCUUUUGAUG